AGUAAACACAACAAACCCAGAAAGUGCGUUUGUUUUUUAGGAGUUCCCCCGUCGCUUACCAUAGCUACAGUAAACCAGAAAGUAUGAGUGGAAACAUUUGUGUUUGUGUUUUUGGUGUUGUGUUGUGUUUGUUUUCGGGAGUUUCAUCCGGGUUUUCUGUGAGUCUGAACGGUAAAUGGAGUCUGUCAAACUCCAACGGUUCACUGUCGCUGCCUGCGGAGGUUCCUGGAUGCGUUCAUUCAGCUCUACAGCAGCUGGGAUACAUCCAGGACCCGUAUUUCAGGUUCAACGAUGUGUCUUAUCAGUGGAUUGCCUUUGACAACUGGACAUACACAACCACAUUUACUGGGUCUGCCCACCUGAGGGCCGCACAGAAAGUUCUUCUAGUCUUUGACGGUGUUGACACUGUAGCAUCGAUUUCGCUCAAUGGAAUCACUGUCGGGAAGACAGACAACAUGUUUCGUAGAUACGACUUCCCAGUGAGAGACUUGCUGAAGGACGACAAUAAUGUGCUGAAAGUCAGCUUGUUGUCUCCAGUUCUCUAUGCAUCCGAGCAGAGAAGAGCUCAUUCUGCCUACAGAGUUCCUCCUGAAUGUCCUCCAGAUGUCCAGAAGGGGGAAUGUCAUGUCAAUUUCAUCAGAAAAGAGCAGAGGUCGUUCAGUUGGGACUGGGGGCCUUCUUUCCCCACGAUGGGACUGUGGAAAGGAGUUCGGCUCGAGGCGUUUGAUGUCCUGCAGCUCAUCCAGGUUUCCUCUGUUCCUUUACAUGAUUUUAAUGUCUCUCAGUGGAGGGUCCAGGUUGAGAUUCUUGUCGAUGCAGUCCAGACAACAAAUGGCCAGAUCACUCUCUCCAUACCUGAGCUGGACUCAGAGCAGACCUUCCAGACACAGUUUCUCCCGGGAAAGACCAAGAACAGCUUCACCUUACACAUCUGCACGACAGCUCAGGUGAAGCUGUGGUGGCCCAACGGACACGGUGACCAGCCCUUUUACCAACUCACUGUCAGAGGCUUUCAGGAUGGGUUUUUAGUCCUGAAUACAGAAUCUAAGGUAUAUUUCCGCACAGUAGAACUUGUCCAGGAGCCAGUUGUUGGGUCUCCAGGCUUGAGCUUUUAUUUCCGCAUCAAUGGGAAACCAAUUUUCCUCAAAGGCUCCAACUGGAUCCCAGCCCACUCCUUCCAGGACCAGGUCACCCCUGCUGUGUUAAGGAACUUGUUGCAGUCGGCUGUGGACACCAACAUGAAUGCUCUCAGGAUCUGGGGAGGAGGAGUUUAUGAGCAGGAUCUUUUCUACAGCAUCUGCGAUGAGAUGGGAAUCAUGGUUUGGCAGGACUUCAUGUUUGCCUGUGCUCUGUAUCCCACUGAGGACGACUUCAUACAGACAGUAAGAGAAGAGGUCAUCCAACAGGUUCAGCGGCUCAAGUCUCAUCCUUCCAUAAUAAUCUGGAGCGGGAACAAUGAAAACGAAGCUGCUCUGGCGACAGACAGGUUCAGCAUCCCGGCGUCCCAGAGGCCCGUGUACUUGAAAGACUACGUGACGCUGUACGUGAAUAACAUCAGGACGAUAGUUCAACAGGAGGACCAGAGUCGCCCGUUCCUCGUCUCCAGUCCGACAAACGGGCCUGAAUCGGAGCAGGAAGGAUGGGUGGCAGCGAACCCCUACGACCCUCUUUAUGGGGACACGCAUUUCUUCAACUACACCCUGGACUGCUGGGAUUGGCGGACUGUCCCCAGAACUCGUUUCGUCUCUGAAUAUGGCUUCCAGUCCUGGCCGUCCUUCUCCACUCUGCAGCCGAUUUCCAUAAAAGAAGACUGGAGCUUCAGCAGUAAUUUCACUUCCCACCGUCAGCACCAUGAGAACGGGAACCAGCAGAUGUUACUGCAGGCUGCUUUACACCUCAACCUGCCAAACUCCACAGAUCCCAUGAAGAGGUUCACGGACACUCUCUAUAUCACUCAGGUCAUGCAGGCUCAGUGUAUGAAGACUCAGACUGAGUUUUACCGGCGGAGUCAGAGCGAGAUCAUUGAGGGCAAAGGUCAUACUAUGGGUGCUCUCUACUGGCAGCUCAACGACAUUUGGCAGGCGCCAUCCUGGUCCUCGAUCGAGUUUGGGGGCAAAUGGAAAAUGCUGCAUUAUUUUGCACAGAACUUCUUUGCCGCCGUCCUGCCGGUCGGCUUUGAGGACAACGGCACACUGUUGAUCUACGCCGUCUCCGAUCUGAGUCACGACCUGAAGCUCAGGGCUGUGGUGACCGUGUACUCCUGGACUGACCUGGAUCCGGUGUGCACGCUGAUGUCAGAUCGGCUCCUGGUCCCCGGAGGCAGCGCUGCGGUCAUUUAUAAACAGCCAGUCACCGCCCUGCUGGCAGGGUGUGGACGCUGCACCCGCCUCACCUGCCUGCUCACCUUUCACCUGGAGGACAGCAGCGGCCAGCGGGGUCCCACCAACCACCACUUCCUCUGCUCACCCAAAGACGCUGAGGGACUCCAGAGAGCCAACAUCACAGCUGAGGUGCAGGAGGAUGAGGCGGGGUACUCCGUCACCCUCCACUCUGCCUCUGUGGCUCCUUUCGUCUGGCUCGAUGUGGGGAACAUCCCCGGACGCUUCAGCUCCAACGGCUUCCUGAUGGUUUCUAGAAACAGGACGGUCGGUUUUACCUCGUGGCGUCCCACCAGCAUCGCAGAACUCUCCAGAUCUCUCGCCAUCACAUCUUUAAGGGACGUAUACUGACCUGAGACCAGCCGGGCCAGGUGACAUGAUGAUGAUGAUAAAUUUUAUUCUUUUCAGUAUGAUUAGAAAAUCAACAUGUAAAGAAUUGACAUGAUCCACCAUAGUUAAACUGGCUUGCCUUGAUUUUUCACUGUUAUUGUUGCAUGGUAAAGGAGUUGUCAGCAGGGACAGUGAUGAAGAAUUUUGUUGGUGGUGCACUCGAAGACACGCCAACAUUUAGCUGCCAAGACGUACUGCAUUCAUGAGCUAUGAUGUCUGAAACCGAAGCCUUGCAGACCAGCAGUUAGGAUCAUACAAGUUGGGUUCCUUGUUUGAAAUGGUUGAUGUUUGAACAGAUUGUGAAUGUUCAGAUGUCAACACUCGAAACUUAGUGUUUUCAACAGUCUGUGCUGGCAGCUCCAUCACCAUGCAGCGAAACGACGAUUUAAAAAUGCAACAAAUCACUUACUGUGAGUGAUUUUUGCCUCCAAUGAGCUCAAGUCUUUUGCCAGCUAAUUUCAAUGGUAUACUGAAAUGAAGGCACCCAUGGCUUCCUAAAAAGAAAUCAAUCUAAACAUGUAUGGUUUCAACAAUGUACUUUGUUAUUCUGCAUUAAUUUAAGGAGAAAUUGGUGCAUGGAAGCAGGUAGAUCUUUAUAUUGUUUCAGGGUCACAGGACUAGACUACAUGGAGCAGGGAACAAGAACAAAAUUACCUUUUACCUUUACCCAAACCUUCAAUCUGGAGCUUUAGCUAGUUUCCAAUGCCUUAAAAUAAUUAUUGAGACUGCAAUCAUACUCACCACAUCUAACGGUUGUUUUCAUUAUCAUUUAAUCUCCAGACCAUUUUCUCGAUUAAUUGUCUGGUCUAUAAAAUAGCAGCAAACAGUGAGAAAUCAGAGCAUUAUACCCCAUUUUUCUACCUGCGCGUGUUUUCUCUCUAGGACACGUGCCAGUUUCUGUGAAGUUUCUACUCCCGUUUUGUAUGGAGGUAAAAAGAAAAAAAGAAAAGAAAAAAAAUCACCAUGGUUCUUAACACUCGGCUUGAGCAUGCACCAGUAAGAGCUUUUCAACCCAAAAUUGAUGAUGUUAGUCAUUUACUCUGCACACACUUAGUAGAAUCUGAUGCGACUGGUCUCCCGACACUGAACAUUACAUCGACCCCAUGAUGAUCCUGCUGGUUAACUGGGUGGACUAUGUGGGCUUGAUGUUUACUGACUUUUGUGCCUUUGUGUCCUGUGGGACGGGUUGUAACCGAAUAUAAUUUCGUUGCACUUGUGUAAUGACAAUAAAGGCUUCCUGAUUCCUGAUCUCCCAGAGCACUUGUAGAGAUACCUGUCUUUUGCCAUGCUCAUAAAUUCAGAAUAUUAAAGUUUCAAAUUAGCAAAAUUAUACCUUUUCAUUUCAAAGUGGAAAACAUCUGAAAUGGGGAAAUGCCAACCCUCAAAAAGAUUUAGAAAACUGGCUGGUGGCUCCUGAUCUGCCUCUUGGACUGGUGUGACGUCAGUAUGUUCUUCUGAUCAUUAAUUAAUUAAUUAAAAAAUAUAUAUUGUAUCUGAUAUGUUUCUGCAAAUU